AUGAGCAACCACCCUCCCGGAGUUCCCGAGGCGCCGUCACCGACAGAAACAGAAGCUGCAGGAAGCCCCGGCCGAGAAGCUUUGGCCGAGGGUUCCACGGCCCAGGACGCGCAUGAUGAUGGACAAGAUCAUGACCUCGACUCGGACAGCGUUGCCGACUCGGCAGUCGAGACUGACAUUCUGUCAACAAUGACAGCGCCGGACGAAUUCUUUACAUUUAUCGAGGAAAAUGGCAGGACAUACCACAGCUAUAAAGCUUCAAAAUACUUACUUCCAAACGAUGUGAGAGAACAGGAGAGAAUGGACCUGCAGCAUCUCUUGUAUCUGGAAACGACACAUGGGAAGUUGUUCCUUGCCCCACUGCGCGAGGACCCGAGGAGGUGUCUGGACCUGAUGACAGGAACGGGGAACUGGGCGAUUGACUUUGCCGACGCAUUUCCGAUGUGCGACGUGUUGGGCACGGAUCUCAGCCCGAUACAACCGCAAUACGUCCCUGUCAACUGCCGAUUCGAAGUAGACGACGCCGAGGACCAGUGGAACUUCCGGAGCCGGUUCGACCUCAUCCACGCCCGAGCAUCGGUUCUCUGCUGGCGCAACUAUGCCGCUUUCGUCGGUGAGGCCUACCAGGCAUUGGAGCCCGGCGGUUGGCUGGAGAUGCAGGAGUUCACCCACAGGCCGGUGUUCUACGGCGAGGUCUCGAACAGAAGCGCGAUCAAAAGGUACUGCGAUCUGAUUGUGCAGGGCUUUCAGAGCCAGGGCAUCAACGUCGCCGGUUUCAGGGACAUGAAAAGCCUGAUGACAGCAAGAGGGUUUGUGAACAUUGAGGAAAAGAAAUUCAUAUGGCCGCUUGGGACAUGGGCCAAAGGGCGUCACCAUCGGAAUCUAGGAAUCCUGUUGAAGCAGGACUUCCUGAUGGUCGUCGAGGCCCUUGCCCUCCGGCCUCUGUCCCAUCUCGGGUGGUCUCAAGAAGAGAUCCAGGUCCUACUGGCGGAGGUGCGGCGAGAGCUUCAAGACAACAGCGUCGAUGGCGCUGCAGAAAUGUAG